GGCCCGGCCAGCAGCAGCAGCAGCAGCAGCAGCAGACACACCGGCUCACGCACUCUGCGCGCAGCGGACGAUCGGAGGCAGAGACCGGCCGAGGAUGAUGCUUGCCCCGGCUCAGAGAAGCUGCCUCCGCGCGGUUGGGCAGCGGGCAGCUCGGCUGUAGGAUGCGGCGGAUCGGACCGGGUGUGCUUGAGCGAGCCUGGCUGCGCUCGGCUGCUCCUGCUGCUCUUCUCCGUCAGUCCUGAUUCGGUUCUAGUUCUUUUAUUUCCAUCGGGCAGUGUUGUUGUUUUUUUAUUAUUAUUAUUUCCAGGUCAGAAUCAGUGUUUCCUGUGUGCGGCUCGUUUGCGCUGAAAAUGGCCGGAGAUGGCGGCGCUCUGAAGGAUAUCAAUGAGAUUAAAUCCCAGUUCCGGACCAGAGAGGGCUUCUACAAGCUGCUCACCCUCUCCGACUCGCAGCAGCGGGGCGGCCUGCCGCGCGGCCCGACCGGCGCAGCCACGCUGGGGCCCGGGGCAGGACCCGGACCGAUCCCCGGAGCAGGGGUCGGGCUGCUGCAGGGGCCCGGGGCCGCCGCCGCCGCAGCCUCCUCCUCCUCCAACGCGGCGGCCAACUCCUCCCCGGCGGGCUUCCUGCCGCCGGUCCGGGUGUCCAUGGUGAAGCUGCAGCCCGAGGACCCGAGCGAGGACUCGGAGCGCGUGUGCUUCAACAUCGGCAGGGAGCUGUACUUCUACACCUACACCAACAUCAAGAAGGCCGUGGACCUCAGUAAACCCAUAGACAAGAGGAUCUACAAGGGGACGCAGCCGACGUGUCACGACUUCAACCAGUACUCGGCCACGGCGGAGAGCGUGGCACUGAUCGUUGGUUUCUCAGCCGGCCAGGUCCAGUACCUCGACCCGAUCAAGAAGGAAACCAGCAAGCUCUUCAAUGAGGAGAGGUUGAUAGACAAGUCCAAGGUGACGUGCCUGAAAUGGCUCCCCAAGUCGGAGAACCUGUUCCUGGCCUCCCACGCCAGCGGCCACCUCUACCUUUACAACGUGGACCACCCCUGUGGAACAACCGCGCCGCAGUACUCGCUGCUGCGGCAGGGCGAGGGCUUCGCCGUCUACGCCUGCAAGAGCAAAACGCCGCGCAACCCUCUGCUGCGGUGGGCCGUGGGCGAGGGAGGCCUCAACGAGUUUGCGUUCUCCCCGGACGGCGUUCACGUGGCGUGCGUGGGCCAGGACGGCUGCCUGCGUGUCUUUCACUUUGACUCGAUGGAGCUGCAGGGCGUGAUGAAGAGCUACUUCGGCGGGCUUCUGUGCGUGUCCUGGAGCCCCGACGGGAAGUACCUGGCGACCGGCGGCGAGGACGACCUGGUCACCGUCUGGUCGUUCGCUGAGAGUCGAGUGGUGGCGAGGGGCCACGGCCACAAGUCCUGGGUCAACGUGGUGGCGUUUGAUCCCUUCACGACUUCGCUGGAAGACGACGAGCCGAUGGAGCUCAGCGGCAGCGAGGAAGACCUCCACCAGGGGGCGCAGAACAACUCCACGCACUUUGGUCGCGUUCGAACCAGCAGCACGUUGUCACGCCUCUCUCGGCACAGCUCUAAAGGCGGUGGCUCGCCGUCUGUCACCUACCGGUUCGGCUCGGUGGGGCAGGACACCCAGUUCUGUCUGUGGGACCUGACGGACGACGUGCUGUACCCCCGCCUGCCCCUGUCCCGCGCCUUCACUAACACUUUUGGGCCUUCCCUGCCCAAUUCUGGCAGCGGGGGGGUCAACAGCAGCUCGGGUGGUGGAGGUAGCGGUGGGGUGGAGGGGCACCAUCACCCACCGACCGCCAACACCGGCACCUCCAACCCGCCGACUCUUCCCUUACCGCUGCCUCGCUCCCUGUCCCGCUCCAACUCUCUGCCCCACCCGGCGGUGGCGAACGCCUCCAAGGGCCAGGGCGCCACCGAGGGCAGCGUGGGAGGCGGGGGAGGGGGAGGGAGCAGCAGCGCGGGGAACAGCACCCCGUUCAGCAUCGGCCGCUUCGCCACGCUGUCCCUGCAGGAGCGCAAGUCGGACAAAUCCGGGAGCGGCGGGGUGGAGAAGGAGCACAAGCGGUACCACAGCCUGGGCAACAUCAGCAAGAGCAACGACAAGAUCAACGUGGCCCCCAGGAGCAACCGGCUGGACGGCGCCAAGGUCCUGGGAACCACGCUGUGCCCCCGCAUGCACGAGGUGCCGCUGCUGGAGCCGCUGGUCUGCAAGAAAAUCGCACACGAGAGGCUGACCGUCCUGGUGUUCAUGGACGACUGCAUCAUCACGGCCUGCCAGGAGGGCCUGAUCUGCACCUGGGCACGGCCGGGGAAAGCGAACCUGACAGCGCAGAACGGGAACUCUCCAAGUGGGACGGUGGUAUAGCUGAAGGAGAAGCUUUGCAUUCAUCCCUCUCUCUCUCUCCAUCCUCCUUCUCUUCAGUUCACCUUUGUAUUCUCCUUUCAAAGCCACCUUCCACUUUCGGGGCCAACAACCAGAACCAAAGCGCCCCUCACCCCUCUACCACUGCAGUAUUAAACCCUCGGUGCGUCUCUGCGCUCGCUGAAACUCAAAGGUGGAAAACUGCUCAUGAAGCCUGAAGCCUGAAACUCUGACGCAGAUUCCUGGACUUUCUUCAUUCAUAAUUUCAUAUUUGUUCCUGUUUUGAUGUUGAAGUUACAAGUUGGUGUUGGAGAGACAGGGUUUUUCAGAGCAGUUGUGAGCAGCUAGUAUCUUACCUGCAGCAGACGGGAGUCAGAGCGAUCACAAGUUGAAAGAUCUGGGAGAAACUGCCAAGGGAGCAGAUAAUGAGAGCAGGAACCAACUAAACAUUUCCUGAAAUCUGCCUGAAUUUAUGUUUCACUUAUUUCAAAUGUGGAUAAAACUGAUAUAAACUGUAUUAGUUUUGAAUUAGAGCUGCUGAAGUUAACACAUUUCAUGUUGCAGACAUGACGUUUUACUUCAUAGGUACUUUAGCUCCCCGUAGAGAGAUGGAAGCCGUUGCCUAUUACCAAGCGUGCAGAGGAUGUCUCUGGUGUUAUUGUUAUCUCACACUGCAAAAACGGACCUAAAAAUAAGUAAAAUGUUCUUAAAAUUUGUGUUUUUCUCUUAGUUUUGAGCAG